AAUACCUACUAGUGAGGUUAGGUCUCUUAUUUUGUUUUUAUGUGAUUUAUAACUUAAAAUGCAGUUUUCACUUUUGAGAGUCCUGGGUCAGAGGACGGCCGUCGCUUGCUUACAUUCAAAACAUGUAGUAAAGAUGCCAGCUUCAAUUAUAUGUAUGAAUAAGUUUCAUACGACUGGAACGAACAACGAUUUGAUGGAAUUUUUCGAUAAUAAGAAAAACUGGAACGAAACAGAUAUCAAAGUAGGACGAGCUUGGAGACUAGACGAAUUACGAAUAAAGUCAAAUACCGAUCUGCAUAAGCUCUGGUAUAUAUUGUUAAAGGAACGCAAUAUGCUUUAUACUAUGGAACAUGAAUGUGAUGAAAAAGUUCGUUUGUUCCCCAAUCCUGAAAGAAUCGAUAAGGUACAAGAAUCCAUGGAUAACAUAGAGACUGUUGUGAGAGAAAGAAAUGUUGCAUAUUACCAAUUGGAAACCGGAGAAACAGGUGAACGUCCAGCUGACGAUGUAAUCAAUGUCUUUGGCUUGCCAGAGAAAUAUCAGAAACAAGAAUAUUAUAUACCAAAGUUCAUGAAUUCAAGAUGGGUAAGGCCUUACUUAGAACAUGGAUAUAUCAGUAGCAUGGCUGUCAAGAAAUUCCUGAGACUGUACAAAGAAAAACAAUUCAAUGAAUUACGGAAGGCUCGCAAUCGAGAUUUUAAUCACGUCCAACAUUUAUUGAAGAGAUUCCCAGAUAUGGAUAUGGACAAAUUAAAAGCAGAAUAUCCUAAUGUUGAUAUAGAAAAAGCCAAGAGGAGCAAAAAAGCGAGAGGUCACUUCUUACCCAAAUAUUAAGCUGAAUCAGACCUAGUAGUAACAUUUAAUUAGAAUAAGCUCUGUUUAAAUAAAGAUGCAAAACAAAACACUUUUCCUUAAACUUACAAUAAAUUAAUGACAUUAUGUAGAUGUUUAAAUAAAACGAAACAUUAA